CGUCUGUGACUGUGUUUGUGUUCUGUUCAUGGAAGACGAAGAAGGAAAUAGUUUGUGUUUACUGUUUGUUCAGUUUGUUGUUCUUUACGCGUAAAUAAAAUCAACGGACGUGAUUUUAGGUGUAAAAAAAUUAAAUUCGUAGACAGAAACAUAAACACUUAAUAGUGCAGCAUGGCUAAUAAAAGUGACGAAUUAAAAAUGUAUUGGAAUAAAAUUAACUAUGCAUAUCCAAUUCUUAAUGAUACCCUUUUUACCGACUGCUCAGACGCCGAAUAUGAAGAAAUACAACAAAUAAUAGUUGGUCUAGGUGUUCAAAUAAAGAUUCGGGACCUCAUAUUGAUUCACACCGAGAAAUAUUUGCGUCAACAUGUAGCUCCGUCGUUCUGGUCAAAGUUUCUAAAAACUGAUGAAGAAGUAAAAGGAUUCCAACUGUUCAAGUCUGCUGUUAAUGAUUUAUACGAAGCCAUGUCAAGCUUUUCACCUAUGAUCACCAGACUUGGUAUUCUAAAUAACAGCUGCUGUGAUAACAAGCCGAUUUAUGGUGAACGCGACGUCAUGUCUGGCUUCAAACAACUUCUGCGCGCUACACUUCUAUCGCAACUACCUUUAGAUUUCCAAGUUAUAAUUAAUCAUUUUUAUAAAGUAUCAUUCAAUGUGUUUGAUAAUGCAGAAUAUGAUAACUCGGACAUGGGAGAGGAUGUAAUGUGCUCGGGCUGUUGGAAUGAAUACUCAGAUUGCAACUGCGCCUACAUUGUGAAAGUAUUUCACGACACCAAUCGUAAACUUGUAGAACUGACACUUCUUGAGAGAUUAACAGGACAAGUGCUCACUAAUUUUAUACAACAGAGAAUUGAAUUGCACAUACAGAAACUUUGCACUGGAACAUUUGAUGUGUCCCAUAUAGGGUUCUUAGAAAACUGGCUGGACACAACAGUAAUGUCGUGGCUCACACGAAUCUACUGUGCUGGUGCUUCAAAACCACACAAAGUUGACAAAGAUAUCCAAAAUGCUGUGUCCAAGUUUAAACAGAAACUCAGUUACUAUUUGUAUCAUAUCUAUACAAAAUUACGAAUUGACCAGCUGUUCAACAUAAUAAUUGUGUAUCCUGAUUCUCAACCUGCUGUUGAUGAUAUAAAAUUGUGCUUAGAUAAAACAGACCUCAGAGCUACUUUGUGUAAAAAAUUACAAAAUGCUUUGGAGACAAGAUUGUUGCAUCCAGGUGUAAAUACACCUGACAUUUUAACAGCUUACAUAUCUGCCAUUAGAGCUUUGAGACAUUUGGAUCCAUCAGGAGUUAUUCUCGAAACAGUUACCAAGCCUGUUCGCAACUAUUUAAGAAACAGGGAGGACACUGUGAGAAGUGUUGUCAGUAGUUUAACUGAGGAAGGUGCAGGGAGUGAACUCGCUGAAGAGUUGGCUAAAUUUGCAGCAGAAACUGAUGAGGAUCUUGAGAAAGAAGAAGACUGGGACAAUUGGGUUCCGGACCCUAAAGAUGCUGAUCCUAAAGUUAAUGGUAAUGAUAGAAAAGCAAAUGACAUUAUAUCCAUGCUUGUAAAUGUGUAUGGAAGCAAGGAAUUAUUUGUAAAUGAAUACAGAACACUUUUAGCAGACAGAUUACUCGCUCAAAGUGUUAUCAACACUGAAAAAGAAAUAAGAUACUUGGAAUUAUUGAAACUUAGGUUUGGAGAGUCCCAGUUGCAUUUCUGUGAAGUUAUGUUAAAGGAUGUAUCAGAUUCUAAAAGAAUCAAUUCACUCAUACAACAAGACAAGAACUUUGAAUCACUAAAUAAUAAGUUUGCUUCCAAUGCAAUGAUUUUGUCUGCACAAUUUUGGCCACCAUUUAAAGAUGAAAGCUUAGAGUUGCCAGAGGAAAUUAAACAGCAUUUUGAAGCUUACACUAAGUCAUAUGAAGCACUCAAAGGAAACAGAACUUUAAGUUGGAAGCCACAUUUAGGCAAUGUUAAUAUUGAGAUUGAGAUUGGUGACAAGAAAUUGGAUUUAACAGUAUCACCAUUUAAUGCAACCUUGAUAAUGCACUUUCAAACUAAACCUGAGUGGACAUUAGAAGAGCUGCAUCAAAUCAUGAAGGUGCCAAUUACUAUAUUGAGAAGGAAAAUAACUUAUUGGCAAUCUUUGGGGAUCAUAUCCGAGAGGAGCACAGAUAAUUUUGCUUUAGUUGAGGGUAGUGAUGGAAAUAAGUCUAGUUGUUCCACAAACCAAGUACAAGAAAUGAUUUGUGAAGAUGAGGAAAGCGAAAGUGUCAUGGCAUCCGCCCAUGAUCAGAGAGAAGGGGAGUUACAAGUAUUUUGGUCCUACAUCGUUGGGAUGUUAACCAAUUUAGAUUCAUUACCUUUGGAGCGAAUUCAUCAAAUGCUGAAAAUGUUUGCAUCUCAAGCUCCAGGAACAGAAUGUAGUCUCCAGGAAUUGCGACAGUUUUUAGACACUAAAGUUCGCACACAUCAACUAGUCUUACAAGCUGGGAUGUAUAAAUUACCAAAGACUUGAUUAAUCUUUAUUACAUCUGUUUCAUUCUUUUAAAUCUUUGACAAAUCAAGGCUAGGAUUAUGUUUUACAGAAAGUUUAACUAUAAAUCGUAACUAUGUAUAUAAUACAAAGUUAUAAAUAAUAAAUGUAUAUAAUUUAUGUACCUACCUACCUGCCUA